AAGAUGGCUGCAAACGCCCCACAGGCUGAAGCAGACUGCACAUGUCCGGUUUGCUGUGAUUUAUUCACUGAUCCUGUCGUGUUGCUGUGCGGUCACAGCUUCUGUAAGUACUGUAUUCAGGAGUGGUGGAGACAGAGCAAGCUGAGGACGUGUCCCGUCUGUAAAGAAAUAUUUCUGAUGUCUAAGCCACCUCCAAACAUAGCCUUGAAAAACCUGUCUGACUCCCUGAGACGAGAGAGGGAAGGAGCGGCACGACCCGCGGAGCUCUGUCAUCUGCACGGUGAGAAACUCAAACUCUUUUGUCUGGAGGACCAACAGCCUGUCUGUUUGGUCUGUCGAGACGCGAAAGCACACAAGAAACACAACUGUGUUCCCAUCAGUGAAGCAGCAGAGGAGUACAGAGCUCAACUUCAGACCAACCUGGUGAACCUGAAAAGUGAACGGGGUUCGUAUGAAAUGGUAAAAAAGGACUGUGUUAAAAUGAAGACUCAUAUCCAGUCUCAGGCUCAGCAGACCGAGAGGAGGAUCAAAGCUGAGUUUCAGAAGCUUUACCAGUUCCUGCGAGAAGAGGAGGCUGGAAGGAUUGAUGCAUGUCGAAAAGAGGCAACAGUCAAGACAGACGUGAUGAAGGUGACGAUUAUAAACCUGACUGCAGAGAUAUCUGAACUCUCAAAGAAAAUCAAAACAGUCGAAGAAGAGAUGAGAACAGGAGACCUUCCAUUCAUGCUGAACAUUAAAACAACUAUGAAGAGAUCUUUGUGUGAUCUGCAACAGCCCAAAAAUCCAACAGGAGCACUGAUCGACGAGGCCAAACACGUCGGGAACCUGCAGUUCUCAGUCCUGAAAAAGAUGAAAGACAUCAUAGAGUACACUCCGGUAAUUUUAGAUCCCAACGUCGGCUCCACAUCAGUGGUCGUAUCAGAGAACUUAACUAGCUUCACAAAAAGUGAAAAGUGUCAACCUUUUCCAGACAGUCCUGAAAGGCUAAGUGGUUUGGAAAUUCUUGGAUCUGAAGGCUUCAACUCUGGUAAACACAGCUGGGAUGUAGAAGUGAGCGGGUACUGGACUGUGGGUGUAGCUGCUAAAACAGAUGAUAAAGUUUAUCAAAGGCAAUGGGCCAUCUACAUGUGCGUCUGCACCGAUGUCCUCCGUGAACUUACUCCAAAAAGUUAUGAAAAAGAGGUAGCAAAUGAUUUGUUUCCUCAAAAGGUCAGAGUGCAGCUUGAUUACGACCAAGGAAUCCUGUCGUUUUUUGACAUCGUUCGAAACAGGCCAGUUUAUACCAACAAGUACACUUUCACAGAAACAGUCUUUCCCUUGUUUGGGGGAGCCGCAAAACUUUUACCUGCUAAAGUGUCAGUAAGUGUAAAGCAACCCAAAAGUUUUUAAAAAGGCCAAUUACAGUAGUCCCUGGUUUAUCGCAGGAGUUCGUUCC